UCCUCCAUUUGAUUAUCCAUUCUAACAUGACGACAAUAUUCUCCAACGACUCCUCUUGCUACGUGAAUGGAUCUAAAACAAGCUUAGAGAGCAGCCUGAGUAGACUUGAGAGGGAAUGCGACAGUUCUACACAUACGAUCAUUUCAUCAAACCUGUGGCUUUCCUUGGGAGCAUCUCUCGGUGUCAUAUUUGCUGUUGCCUGUGGUCUUAUAGUAGCUUACAUUUACCGUUGGAAUAUCAAAUACCACUUCUUCCUUCUUCGCCGCCAUUUUCGAAAGAGAGGUGUCAUUGCUGCACCACCUGGUCACGUGUACGCCUCCUAUGACGACAACGAUUAUUACUGGGUAACGCAUGUGCUGUUGCGUCAUCUAGAAGACGAGGAUCAACUUGAUGUCAUCAUAGAUCAAAGAGAUUUCAUUGGUGGCGCUUCCCUUUCCGAGGCCAUCGUAGAGGCCGUGGAAAACAGCAGGAAAACAGUGCUUGUUCUGUCUGAGAGCUAUGUGCUCAAUCCUUGGUGUGAAUUUGAGUUUCAGAUGUCUCUUGCUUGUGGUUACCAAUCAGUAAUCCCGGUUAUGUUUCAACCUGUGCCAUUUGAUGCUAUGACGAAAUCACUGCGAAAGUACAUUUGA